UUUCUUUCUCUUUCGCACUCUUUAAUUCUUUUCUCGCAGUUAUUAAGGGAGAAGAACAACACCAUCACCAUCACCAUCACCAACCAACAACAACACAAGGAAAAAAAAGUGGAAGAUUCAUCAAUUUUUCAUGGCGUUGAUCAAUCUAUACAUCCUGAUACCAAACAAUUGGAAACUGGGGUUACUCAAAAUCUGAUUUUUUUUUUCUUUGUUCCGUUAUCUCAUCGUUGAAGUUCAAAUUCAUGGAAGUGUUCCUUUUUUUUUUUUUUUUUAACUGAUGUUGUUUGCGUCACAGUUUUGUUGUUUUUUUGAGCGCUGAAAUGACGGGAGGAACAACAAAGAUUUGAAGGUAAUAAGCAAUUGAUGGAUGAAUAUUCUGGUAAAAGAGGCAUUCAUGGGGUGGUAGUCCCUGGAAAGGGGAUGGGCCAUGUGUUUAGAGAUACUGCUAAUACUAGAGAUCGAAAUGGUCAAAUUUGCAGCCGAUUGGGUUGCAGUAGUAGAGCCAACCCUCCUAAAGUUUCUCAAGUUGGAUCAUCUGAAAAAGGUAAAUCUUUGAGGUCUUCAGUCCGGUCCUCUUUAAGGGGCAAGCAAGCAAUUGGAAGUUCCUCCAGAGCUACUAGUAACACCGAAAAACCCCUUAUAGAGCCUCAGAAAGCAUUAUCCUCUCAGUUUGGGACAGAUUCAUCUGAAACUAGUAGUGCGCAGGAUGAACCACAAAUUUCAGGGCUAAUCCCUCCAACAGGAAAAAUUCCUAGAGGGCUUCAAUCUGAAGGGGAAAGUACAGCGUCUAGUAAUGUGAUGCUGAUGGAAGUAGGAAGCUCUAGUGUAGUAUCAAAUGCAAGAUCUCAAAGGAAUUUUCAUCAAAGGCCUGGAUUGCAUGGACGAGAAAUUAAAAGCACUGGUCCAGUGACACGUGCUGUUAACAGCAGGUAUGGGUUGAGGAACCUCAGAUGCAACUCUAUAUCCGAUGUCACCCCAGCUGGUUGUUCAUCAUCAGAUUCAACCCUUUAUAGAAGGAAGGAUAUGAUCAAAAAGAGAAACUGUGAAGGAGAAAGUAGUUCCACUGUUGGGAAGAAGAUGACCGGGUCUUCAUUUGAAAGAAGAAAUUCUGGCUGCAGAAAUGGCAUAUGUAUCUCCGAUUCAAGAGGAUCUACAAAUAUUCCUUCUCACAGGGACAGCAAUAUAUUGGUUAGAACUCAAAGAUCAGUUAGUGGUCAUGCCAGGGGAAGGUUUUCUAGCAAAGGAAAUGAAAACCCCAUGGCAACCAAUGAGUCCCCUGUUAUGGUACCUCUUUUGCCUCAUUCUGGUGAUCUUAGUGCUCCUAGCAUUUCAUAUCAUACUUCUGUAGAGACUCCUUUAAGUCGUCCAAGCUCUUACAAUAGACCAGGUACUAGCAGUGAGCAGUUAUGUGGUGUUAUGUGUGUGUCUCCUGCAGAAUACGGCAUCACUCAUUCUAUCAUAAAUCGGGAUAGCUUUCAACGCUACAACAUGGAUAGUAUUGCAGAGGUAUUAUUGGCACUUGAGAGGAUUGAACAAGAUGAAGAGCUAACCUCUGAGCAAAUUCUUUUACUAGAGACCAACUUGUUCCUUAAUGGACUAAACUUCUAUGAUCAUCACAGAGACAUGCGGUUGGAUAUUGAUAACAUGACGUAUGAGGAACUUUUAGCUCUGGAAGAGAGGAUGGGUACUGUGAGUACUGCCCUAACAGAGGAAGCUCUUUCAGAAUGCCUUAAGAGAAGUAUCUAUCAUUCUGAACCUUCACAUGAUGCAGCUGAGAGUUCUAAUGAGGAUAAGGAUGAUAUCAAAUGCUGCAUUUGCCAGGAGGAAUAUGUUGUUGCAGAUGAAGUUGGGAGUUUGCAAUGCGAGCAUAGGUUUCAUGUGUUUUGCAUACAAGAGUGGCUGCAGCUGAAGAACUGGUGCCCUAUUUGCAAAGUAUCAGCAGCACCAUCCAAUUCAUCUUCACCUCAUUGAUUGCAUUGUCCCUUUUCUCUUUAUUUUCCUUUUGUACAAAGCACGGUUGCUCCUCACCUCUUCUUAUUGGUCAUAUGUACAUAGCCAAUAGAUUCAUCCCAUCAACUAAUAACAUAAGCCACUGGCUUGAUGGACUCUAGAACUUGUUAAUCUGCGGACGAAAAUAGUCCCAUUUAAGUAUCUUUUUCUUUCUUUCCUUUUUUUUAAGGAA